UGGCCCCAUCCCCCAGGACCCCUGGGUUCUCCAAGAGGUGGGCCGUGCCCCGUGAGAACUGCUCUGUCGGAUUCUGAAAGUGAGAGUCAUUAAUAAAAUUAGAAGCGGAGUGCCGGUGUUUGCCCUUUGGUUAUCACAUCAUUGCUUAGUCACGACCAGGAAGUCCCUCAUCGAUCUCCCAUGGAGGAAUGAGAUAGAGCUGCACCUUCGGCUCUGUCCAAAGUUCAGAUGUGCACCGAAGGGGACUUAAGUCCCAGGCAGGCGCCAGCAGUGUCAGGACUCAGCCGAGCGGCCCACGCAAGCCUCCCGUGCAGGCCCGACCCUGCCGGCCCCUGUAGACAGUCCCGGUGGCCGGGACCAGCACAGACGCUAGGUGAUGGGUCCGUCCGAAAGUCAGAUGCACAUUGCAGACACGAGCUCGCGCAAGGCCCAGAGGCGGUGCGGGACGCCGCUGGAGAUCAGCCUGUCGGUGCUGGUCCUGCUGCUGACCAUCAUCGCGGUGACCAUGAUCGUCCUCUACGCCACCUACGACGAUGGCAUCUGCAAGUCCUCAGAAUGCAUCAAGGCAGCUGCCAGGCUGAUCCAGAACAUGGACGCGUCGGCUGAGCCGUGCACGGACUUCUACCAGUACGCCUGCGGGGGCUGGAUGAAGCGCCACGUCAUCCCCGAGACCAGCUCCCGCUACAGCAACUUCGACAUCCUGCGGGACGAGCUCGAGGUGGUGCUGAAAGACGUCCUUCAGGAGCACAAACAGCAGGACAUCGAGGCCGUGCAGAAAGCCAAGACCCUCUACCGCUCCUGCGUGAACGAGACUGUGGUCGACAACAGAGGCGGGGUCCCUCUGCUGAAGGUCCUGCCGGAUAUCUAUGAAUGGCCAGUGGUGAUUAAUAACUGGGAAAAUACUCUGAACGGUACUUCCUGGAGAGCAGAGCAGGUCUUGGCCCGACUCAACUCUCAGUACGGAAAGAAAGUCCUGAUCAAUCUGUUUGUCGGCACCGAUGAUAAGAACUCCUCGAGGCACAUAAUCCACAUCGACCAGCCGCGGCUCGGGCUCCCGUCCAGAGACUACUACACGUGCAGCGGGGUGUACACAGAGGCGUGCAAGGCGUAUGAGGAGUUCAUGGUUUCUGUGGCCAUGCUGAUCCGGGAGGAAAGAGGACUGCUGAUCAACAGGACACAGAUAGAAAUCGAAAUGCGAAGAGUGAUGGAGCUGGAGGGGGAGAUCGCCAACGCCACCACCAAGGCAGAAGACCGGAAUGACCCAAUGCUCCUCUAUAACAACAUGACGUUAGACCAGGUCCAAAAGAACUUCUCCCUGUCGAUGAACAAUCAGCCAUUCAACUGGUCCCUUUUCACCAACGAGAUCAUGAAGACCGUGAACAUCAGUGUUCCAGAUGAAGAGACUGUGAUCGUUUAUGCUCCCGAGUACUUAACCAAACUCAAGGACGUUCUUGCCAACUAUAGCAAAAGAGAUCUACAGAACCUGAUUGCCUGGCACUUCAUCAUGGACAUGGUCAGCAGCCUCAGCCGCAACUACACGGAGUCCCGCAAUGCUUUCCGCAAGGCGCUGUACGGCACCACCUCGGAGACGGCGGCCUGGCGGCGCUGCGCCAACUACGUCAACGGGAACAUGGAGUCGGCGGUGGGGCGGCUGUACGUGGAGGCGGCGUUUGCCGGGGAGAGUAAACACGCGGUCGAGGACCUGAUCGCACAGAUCCGGGAAGUUUUCAUCCAGACCCUCGAUGACCUCACCUGGAUGGACGCGGAGACCAAGAAGAAGGCGGAGGAGAAGGCCGUGGCCAUCGUAGAGAGAAUCGGCUACCCUGAAGACAUCAUCACCAACAACGACAAGCUCAACAAGGAGUACCUGGAGCUGAACUACAAGGAGAACGAGUACUUCGAGAACAUCCUCCAGAACCUGCAGUUCAGCCAAAGCAAACAACUGAAGAAGCUGCGGGAGAGUGUGGACAGGAGCGAGUGGAUCAGUGGGGCCGCCGUGGUCAACGCUUUCUACUCCUCGGGCAGGAACCAGAUAGUCUUCCCCGCCGGCAUCCUGCAGCCCCCCUUCUUCAGUGCUGAGCAGCCCAAGUCCCUCAACUACGGCGGCAUUGGCAUGGUCAUCGGGCACGAGAUCACCCACGGCUUCGACGACAACGGCCGGAACUUCAACAAGGACGGGGACCUGCAGGACUGGUGGAGCCCGCAGUCGGCCAAGAACUUCAAGGACCUGUCGCAGUGCAUGGUGCAGCAGUACGGCAACUUCUCCUGGGACCUGGCCGGUGGGCAGCUCCUCAAUGGCAUCAGCACCCUGGGAGAGAACAUAGCUGACAACGGGGGCCUCGGCCAGGCCUACAGGGCCUACCAGAGCUACCUCCGGAGGCACGGUGUGGAGAAGCAGCUCCCCGGGCUGGACCUGGACCACAACCAGCUGUUCUUCCUGAACUUCGCCCAGGUGUGGUGCGGGACCUACAGGCCCGAGUACGCUGUCAACUCCAUCAAGACAGACGUGCACAGCCCAGGGCAAUUCAGGAUCAUCGGCACCCUGCAGAACUCCCCCGAGUUCUCCCGAGCCUACAACUGCCACAGCCGCGCCUACAUGAACCCCCCCAAGAAGUGCCGAGUGUGGUGAUCCCGGGGCCCGAGCCCUCGGCCGACUCGUCCUGGAGCCAGACGGGAGCGCCGUGUCCCGGGAGCACUGUGUGUGCAGGGGCGCUGAGCCGACGUGGCGGGGGAGCGGAGGGCCAGGGGCUCCCCACGCGACACAAGUCUCCGAAGACACCCAGUCCCCGUCCCGUCCCUCGCUGCUCCCGCCGGCCACACUCCAGCCACGUCUGCCCACCCGCCACACUCCAGCCCAGGAGACAGGCUGGACGUCACGCACAGGGCAGGCGGGGCCGGUGCGACCCAGGACGCCGUCCCUAAGCAGCCAAGCGCCCCCAACCCUGCGGAGGUCGCUGCUGGGUGACGGGCAGCCCAGGGCUGCACUCCGAGGGUCCCUCGAGGCACUCACCGCCCUGUCCCGGCUGAAGGCCUCUGGCCGCUUCCUGUCGGGUUGGCUCGGAGGAUCCGGAGUCCUGUGGCCCCCGUGAUUUUUUAAGACACUCUCCCCCUGCCUUUCUCUCUCUCUCUCUCUCUCUCUCUCUCCUCUUUUUAAGAUAUUUGUAGCCAUGUAUAAAUGAUUUUUAUAUUUAAUGAUCGCCCACACAUAUGGCUAUGCGGCUGCUGUCACCGUGAUCCUUCUCGAAGCUUCCGGAGAGCUGUGAGGGCCUGGACAGAGGAGACCCGAACCCGGGAGCUGGGAAUCCAUGCCAGGAAGGCGAAGGCAGCCCCGGGCAGCCUCCUGGCACGGCCCCGACACCGGGCGGGGGCUGCCCCAACGCCCUCUCUGGGUCUGUCCUGGCUCGUCACCUGAUGGGAAUAUUUUCAUAAUAAAUUGACGUUGUGAUUCCGUCCCAUGCC